AUGGCUCCCGUCGCCACCUCUCCCACCGCCUCGCCGGCUCCGCCUGCGCCCGCCGCGCUCAAGAAGCUGCCCAACGACCCAAAGUACAACCAGUACUCGCAGCUGCACAACGAGCACUUCGACCAGAACCAGCUGGCGAGCGAGGAGCAGUACCCGUUCAACGACUUCAAGCCGUCGUUCCCCGUCGUCGACUGGGCGCCGCUCGAGGUCUUUGAGCCGGCCAAGGACCGCGCGCACUUUGCCGAUCCCGAGAAGAAGGCACUGCUCAGCGCUGCCACCAAGGUGCUCGACGUCACCAAGACGAUCGGCACGGAGCUGCACGGCAUCAAGCUGCGCGAGCUGAGCGACCAGCAGAAGGACGAGCUGGCGCUGCUCAUCGCCGAGCGUGGCGUCGUCUUCUUCCGCGACCAAGACGACCUCACGAUCGAGGACCAGCGUGCCCUCGGCCAGUACUACGGCAAGCUGCACCGCCACGCCACCACUGGCGUCCCGGCGCGCGGCGACCUCGAUGACGUGCACGUCGUGUACACGCACCCCGACGACGUCGACCCGAGCGCCCAGAAUGUCUAUCGCGGCCCGAGUGCUCACUCGCGCGUCGACCUGUGGCACAGCGACGUGACGUACGAGCUGCAGCCGCCGUCGUACACCUCGUUUAAGCUCUACGUCUCGCCUGAGGCCGGCGGCGACACGCUGUGGACCAGCGGCUACGCGGCGUACGACCGCCUGUCGUACCCGUUGCGCGAGUACCUCGAAUCCCUCACCGCCAUCCACUCGGCCGUCGACCAGGCCACGGGCGCGGCUCGCGCUGGACACCACGUCCGCCGCAAGCCCGUCGAGACGGAGCACCCGCUCGUGCGCGUGCACCCCGUCACCGGCUGGCGCAGUCUGUGGUUCAACCCUGGCUUCGUGCGCUACAUCGUCGGUGUGCCCAAGGCCGAGUCGGACUACCUCGUGGCCUUCCUCAGCGCCCACGUCUCGACGGGCACCGACUUCUCCGUGCGCUUCAAGUACGGCAAGAACGACGUUGCAUUCUGGGACAAUCGCGUGACGACGCACUCUGCGAUUCUGGAGGAUGUCGGCGUGUCUCGCCGCCACGCGCUUCGCGUCGCCGCCACCGGCGAGGUGCCGAUCCCAGUCAGCCAGGCGCCGAACUCGACGUCGCGCGAGGAGCAGCUCUUCGCCAAGCGCGGCUACAAGAUCGACCGCAACGUCGCCACGGGCACGCGCCGCCAGGCCGGCUACAAGGACUGA